AUGCUCGAAAUUCGAAACUUUUUAGUGCCGACGGCCAUGGGUGGGCUAGGUGUGGUGGCUGUUUUGACCAUGUUCGGCAUGAACGAUAUAACCGAUCGUCUCUCCAUAGCCCACUGUCGGUCACCAGCAUCAGUGGUUAUAGACAUCGAGUCCGACGACGAGGAAACAAAGAAGGUCGCUGACAGCCGAAGGUCACCCUGCUGGGCUGAGAAGUUUGCCGUUUGCCUCACCGUGUUGACAUCAAUAUUGUCAGUCGUUCUGGUCGAGGUUGGAUCGGCGGAGAACUUGCGGUUUCAAUUACUGCAAUGCGUGACGUCGAUCUUGGUCGUCGCACAAGCAGCAGCAGUUCUUGUCGAUCCCGAAACAACCAGAAGCUAUUACAAGGGCCUUCGAGCUGCUUUAAGCUGCUUGAUAUCGAUAAUCGUGCUGGGGCUAUAUUCACACAUACUAUGGGUGACGGAAGGACGAGCGUCAACAUCUCUUCCGUUUGUUUGUGUCCAGAUAUCGGCAACUACUCUAGCCGCACCAUGCUGGUUAGUCCUUCCCAGGACACAAGAUAUCUACCACAACGGAGUAAUCGUGGACCGCCAACAUGCCACAUCCUAUAUCAGCCGUAUGACCUACUCCUGGGCGGGGGAUCUGAUUCAAAAAAUUAAAUGUAGCCAUUACAUUGCCUUGACAGACCUUCCGGAGCUCGACCACCUCACUCGUGCAACUAAGCUCUAUGGCUCUUUUUCCAGGAUUUCGGCUGCCAAAUCAGGGACUGGGCCGUGGCAUAUUUUGCUUCGUUCACAUAAACAUGCCAUACUAGGUCAGCUGGUUGUGUCUGCAAUCUCCAUCGUGUUUACGUUCGCGCCUCAAUUUUGUCUCCUCAAGCUGUUACGGGUGCUAGAAUCUGGACCUGGAGAUCAAAGUACGAGCAUGCUCCCUAUGGGUUUGAUUGCCCUUCUGGGGGUUUCUAUGGCAGUUGUGAGCUCAUUGAACAUGUGGAAAUCGUGGCUGUCAGAUAAUAUUAUCCAGAUACGGGUCUUUUCCCAGCUGUCCGCGACGCUCUUUGGCAAGGCCACGCAAGGCGGUGGUCCGACCAAGAAAAAGACCAAUGGACCCGACGACAGUGUUAUACCAGCCGCUCCAAGUGUUAUUAAUCUUGUGGCUACGGAUGUAAUGCAAAUUUCUAAAUUCCUUGGCAAUAUAUAUCAGCUAUGGGAAAUUCCCCUGCAAGCAGUCAUUGCCACGAUACUGCUGAUCCGCCUUCUAGGUUGGUUGAGUGUUCUUGCCGGUCUUGGAUCGCUACUGUCGACUGUAUUACUCUCCGAUAUUGUGAUGAGAAGAUACACAUCCGCUCAGGGCGCUGUACUAGAAUCUCAAGACCAGAAGACAAGCAGGCUCACAGAACUCCUUCAUGGAAUCCGGUUGGUCAAAUUUCUGGCCAUGGAGGGCAUAUGGGAGGGGCGAAUCCGCAGGUUGCGAGCGAUUGAAGUCCAACACCAGUCAAAUGCCAUUUUUUGGAAGGUGGCCAUGACUUCCAUCUUUCUCGCGGAGCCCAUCCUGUUGUCGGCCGUGACAUUUUCGACCUAUGCACUGCUGUCCGGGCAUUUCUCCGCCUCCACGGCCUUCACUUCGGUCACCCUUCUGGCUCAGCUCGAGAGGGCCCUUAACAAUAUUCCCGACAUCUUGAUUAUGUGGUCAGGAGCUGCUGUAUCGAUGGAUCGUCUCCGCGAAUAUCUCGAUGGUACACGCCCAUUAGCACCCGUCGUUGCUGGAAGCCAGAUCGAAUUUGACCAUGCUACAAUUUGUUGGCCUGGAGCUCGUCAUUCCUUUAAUUUACAUGAUGUCCAUUUGGCAUUUCCUCGAGGUAAACGGACAGUCAUUGCCGGAAGAACUGGUAGUGGUAAGAGCCUUCUGCUGGCAGCGAUCUUGGGCGAAAGUGAUAUCUGUCAUGGUACCGUGAGAGCACCCCGCGAGCCCCUGGCGUAUGUUUCCCAGCAACCGUGGGUUGAAGGCGGGACUCUGAGAGACAACAUUCUUUUCGGCAGUCCAUAUCGCGGGGAUCGGUAUCGUGAGGUUCUAUUUGCUUGCGCCCUAGAAGCGGAUCUCGACACGCUAGUUGAAGGCGAUAGAACAGCCGUGGGUCAAAACGGGGUCUCCCUCAGUGGUGGACAAAAGGCUCGGCUGUCGCUAGCACGCGCUCUAUAUUCAGACUCGCCGGUGUUGAUCUUGGAUGACGUAUUGAGUGCGGUGGACGGGGCUACCGCCCACCAUCUGGUGGAUUUUGCCUUGAAUGGAAAGCUAGCAAUGGGAAGAACCUGCGUUUUGGCUACCUACCACGUCGAUCUAUGCAUGCGCGGCACGAGCUAUGUUGUAUGCUUGGAUGGACAGGGAUCGUAUUCAGCCCAUUGGGUGGAUCCCAUCCAGAAGCACCCCUACCACGUUUCCAAAAGCCAGCAGCAUGGACUGGAUGAUUUCCUCAAAGAAUGUCCUUUUUCGCCGAGCAAAGACAAUUCUGACACAGCUGCACCCUCGACAGAGCCACCGAAAGAAAGUGGGACUCACAGUCGUACCGGAGUGGAGGAAGCCAGUCGACAGCUGGGGGCACCCAGUCUGAAGAUUAUUCGCCGGUUUAUCGCGUGGUGUGCCAACUCAUACACAUGGGCCCUGGUGUGCGCGCUAUUUGUAGUCGCAUCAGUAGUAAUGAUGGGACAGGCAUAUGUUAUUAAGAUGUGGACACAGGAAGACGAAGUUGAACCACAAAGUUGGGGCCAAAAUAUCGGGUUUAUCCAUCUUUACAUUCUUUUAUCCGUCGUUGCAGUCAUCUUGGGGAGCGUUAGAAACUACGUCGUGCUUAUGUUGACGUUUCAUGGAUCUCAAACGCUUUUCCAGCAACUCCUGCAUGUCAUUCUCCGGGCACCGUUGCGCUGGCUUGACAUGACGCCGAUUGGCAGUCUAAUCAACCGGCUCUCGGUUGACUGUGCUGUAUUGGACACACGCAUUGGCCAGGACAUAAGACUUGUUCUGGCUUUCGCUUUGAACGCUAUAAUGGCUAUCACAUCGUCCAUUGUUGUUAACCCUGUUUCCGUCGUUUGCGCCAUACCGAUUUCAUUGCUCACCCUGUGGUAUGCCGCCGACUACUUGAAGACAACACGGGAAGUCAAACGGCUUGAGAGCAUUGCACUCAGUCCCAUAUUUGACCAUUUCAUGACAGCCAUCACAGGCCUGACUACCAUCCGGGCUUUUGGGCGCACAGAAAGGUAUCGCGACAUUGCUUGCCAUCACAUCGAUCUGUACUCUCGAGCUGUGUGGCAUCGACGGCUCCUUGACCAGUGGGUUGGAUUCCGUAUGGGAUUCAUCGGUGCGGUCUUUUCUGCAUCCACCGCGGGCGUGGUUGUCCUCGUCGGCGGUAUGGAUGCACCCAGCGUUGGGUUUGUUGUCAGCUUCACUAUCAGACUGGCCGGUCAUCUGAGCGCUUUACUGAGUUCGUAUACCAGUCUGGAGAUGGAUCUGAAUAGUUUGGAGCGGAUGCUUGACUAUUGCAAUAUCGAAACUGAACAUGAAAGCCCUGCUCACUGCGUCGAGUUGCCGAUGGCCGAAGGUCGCCUCGAGGUGACAGGACUUGGGGCAAGCUAUGCACCCGAACUACCGCCUGUCCUCGAGUGUGUCACUUUCCAAGCGUUGCCAAGACAGCGUAUAGGUAUUAUUGGGCGAACUGGGGCGGGAAAAUCCUCGCUCGCCUUGGCUUUAACUAGGUUUAUCGAUAUUGAGCAAGGGAUGGUCAUGGUGGACGGCAUCGAUAUCACCCAGGUUAGCCUGGACUCACUGAGGCGCCAUAUUACCCUCAUUCCACAGACUCCUGUUCUAUUUUCUGGGACUAUCCGCAGUAAUUUGGAUCCUUAUGAGAAGCAUGAUGAUUGCGAGCUCCACGAGGCCCUCAAGUCCGUGCACUGGCCUUGGAAUGGUGGGUUCCAAGACAAUAACCAAGGCGGGGUCUUAGAUACCCCCAUCACGGCAGAAGGCUCAAAUAUCUCUCAAGGGCAAAGACAGUUGCUGUGCCUUGCGCGGGCAACUGUCGCCCGAGCGCCCAUCGUGGUACUCGAUGAGACGACUUCCUCGGUUGAUCAGGUCACCGAUAGUUUAAUCCAAAAGUCUAUUAGGGCCGCCUUUCCAAAAACUACCAUACUGGCAAUUGCUCAUCGCCUGCAAUCAAUUGCUGACUUCGACCGUGUGCUUGUGCUACAACAAGGGCGGACCGCCGAAUUCGGGUCUCCCGCAGAGUUGAUGGCAAGAGAACACAGCGUCUUUCGAGCAAUGGUUGAAGCAGACACAGAAAGUGAGCUAGUGAAAGAUAUUAUUCGACAUGGUCGAAGUGAUUAA